UACUCCUUUAAUAAUACACAAUAUACUCGCUGGAUAUUAGUAUUAGUGGCGUUUUUGACUAUACCGGUACUAUAUCGAUACUGGGUGACGUUAUAUCGCAAGUAUAUAUACGAAAAUGAACUAUUUUCAUAACUUUUAUCAGCAAUACCGGCCUAAUUGCAAUUAUAAAAGUGACAGGUUAGAUGGGAAUUGUGGACGGUACGAUAGAGAAGUAAGUGUUGGGAAGAAGUGUGUUAGUGAUGAUGUUCCUAAGAAAGAAAGUGUUAGUGAUGAUGAUAAUAAGAAUGCCGGAUCCUCUUCAGGUGAUACAGGCUACGUAAGCGCAGAAAGCUCAAUAGAAAGCGACGAUGAAAAAGAACUAAAUCACGUGUUGGAACCACAAAAUGCAGGAUGUUCCAUAAAUGGUCCAAGAAAAUGCCUUACGUGGGCAUGCAAAGCGUGUAAAAAGAAAUCAGUUGCCAUCGAUCGACGGAAAGCUGCCACCUUACGUGAAAGAAGACGAUUACGAAAAGUGAACGAAGCGUUCGAGUUACUGAAGAGACGAACCUGUAACAAUCCGGGCCAAAGAUUACCGAAAGUUGAAAUAUUGAGGAGUGCUAUUGAAUAUAUUGAAUAUUUAGAGGAGAUUUUGCAAGGAUCAAAGGGCAGCACCGACAGGCAUACUGGAAGUGGUAUUACUAGGAGUGAAUACGUGAAUUCAUCUACGACACAGUACUUGUGCGAUAGACUACAGCAAUUAAGUGAACCGAAGUAUUCUCCACAUAAUGGUUUUGAAUUAUCUUCAGGAAUCACAUCAACUUCCAGCCUGGAUUGCCUGAACCUUAUUGUCCAAAAUAUUACAACAAAACAGAAUAAAAUCAAUAAUGAUAUAAUUAGUAAAUAAGCUUAAUUGUUGCUCAGAUUUAUGUUAUGAUAUGCUCAAUUUAUUUAUGAAUAAAGAUUAUUAGGAAUA